GAGGAUGUGCAGACGACAGCUCACUUCCUGUGCUGCGAGUCUCUGAGAGCUACCUUUCUGUUUUCUGAGCUAACGGCAGCAGGAGCUUAGGUUCUGAUCUGGAACGGUUCUGAUGGCAGCAAAUAAGGAUGGUUCAGACUCUCAGCUCGACAUGUCUCAGGCUGAUAAACUCAAGCAGGGCCAGUUCACCAACCCAGAGACCCCUGGGUAUGUAGGCUUUGCCAACCUGCCCAACCAGGUCCACCGCAAAUCAGUGAAAAAGGGCUUUGAGUUCACUCUGAUGGUUGUUGGUGAGUCUGGUUUGGGGAAAUCUACUCUGAUCAACAGCCUGUUCCUCACUGACCUCUACCCAGAGCGGGUCAUCCCCGGAGCGGCAGAGAAGAUUGAGCGCACUGUGCAAAUUGAAGCCUCCACUGUGGAGAUUGAGGAGCGUGGUGUGAAGCUUCGCCUGACUGUGGUGGACACGCCUGGAUAUGGAGAUGCUAUUAACAGCCAAGACUGUUUCAGCACAAUCAUCGCCUACAUUGAUGACCAGUUUGAGCGUUACCUGCAUGAUGAGAGUGGGCUGAACCGCAGGCACAUCGUGGACAAUCGCGUUCACUGCUGUUUCUACUUCAUCUCCCCUCUCGGACAUGGUCUGAAGCCCUUGGAUGUCCAGUUUAUGAAGGCUAUUCACAACAAGGUCAACGUGGUGCCUGUUAUCGCCAAAGCUGAUACCCUCACUCUGAAGGAGAGAGAGAGGCUCAAGCGCAGGAUUUUAGAUGAGAUUGAUGAGCAUGGCAUUAAGAUUUACCACCUGCCUGAUGCAGAGUCAGAUGAGGAUGAGGACUUCAAGGAGCAAACCAGGAUUCUGAAGACCAGUAUCCCGUUUGCAGUGGUGGGCUCCAACCAGCAGAUCGAGGCGAAGGGGAAGAAGGUGCGAGGGCGUUUGUACCCCUGGGGUGUGGUGGAGGUAGAAAACCCCGAACACAACGACUUCCUCAAGCUCCGCACGAUGCUCAUCACUCACAUGCAGGAUCUACAGGAAGUGACCCAGGACCUGCACUACGAGAACUUCCGCUCAGAGCGCCUUAAACGUGGCGGCAGGUUGUCCUCCCAUGGUUACAUUCUGCCUCUGUCGCCUGCGAAGGGUCCGGAGCCGGAGGAAAUGGACAAGGACAUGAUCCUGCAGGAGAAGGAGGCUGAGCUGAGACGAAUGCAGGAGAUGAUUGCUAAGAUGCAGGCACAGAUGCAGAAGCAAGGAGACGGGGAGGGAGACGCGUGAACGACACAGUGCAGAGCUGAUGUUGGAGCAUGACCAGAGAAGAAUGGAUAGAAUGAGGAAGAGGAGGAAAUGAGAAAACUGAGAGGAUAUAUAUAUAAGAGAAGGGGAGGAUGCUGGUCCAUGUCUCGUUUUGCUUGCCACUUUCUUAGUUUCUUCUACUCUUACCUGGGAUAAUGGUUUUUGUUAUUUCUUUUUGUAAGCAGUAUUAUUAUUUUUGUUAUUUUUUGUAUUUACCCAAACGCUGUUUCUAAUAUUAUUUUAUUUGUAUCAAACGUUUGAACUAUGCCUAUAUCCAAAUUUAAGUACACAAAUCAGUAGCCGUUUUUUUUCUUGAUGUUUGUUACAGAGACAUUUAUGUGAGAGCGUUUUAUAGAUAUUGUUUUUAAUCUGGUAAGAAGGCCACUUGCUGCUGAUCUUCAGUGAGAACCCGAGAACCCACUGCUGUGGAGCCUCCUGAAGGAAAAUAUCAGUAGGACACAUAAAGCCUGCAGCCAGCAGUGCUAUUGUUAGCCACAUUAGCAUUUAUGGCAAAGCAGUUGCUUUAAUAUUCUACGCUGGCUCCUCCAACAGUGGAGUCUUGGGACAAAACUCUGCCAGCUGGCUACAAAAACACUGUGAAAAGACUGCAGUAGCACAGGAUUUGGACCAGUACCAUUGUGAUUACUGCACCUGUAUUUGAAGGAGGUGAGGAGUCAAAUAUGGUUUGAAUCUGAUUUGCUAAAAUUUGAUUUUGUGCGGUUUCUGUUUGUCCAGACUAUCUGAAAUCAGUGUAGAUGCAAUCUAGUUUUGCCACUAAUCUGAUUUCAUGUGUUUUCUGGCUGACCAAACUAUCCACAUCAAUCUAGAUACGAUCUAGAUUUGCCAAAAUCUGAUUUCAUGUAGUUUUUGAUUGUCCAGACUACCAGAAAUUAAUCUGGAAACAAUUUAGAUUUGCCACCAUUCUGAUCUCAUGUGUUUUCUGUCCAGACUAUCCAAAAUCCAUCUGGAAGCUAUCUAGAUUUGCCAAAAAUCAGAUUUUGUGUGGUUUCUGGCUGCCAAGACUAUCCGAAGUCAAUUAGAUACAAUCUAGAUUUGUCACCAAUCUGGUUUCAUGUAGUUUCUGGUUGUCCAGACUAUCCGAGAUCAAUCUGGAUACGAUCUAGAUUUGCCAAAAUCUGAUUUAGGCUUGCAGUCUGAACAUAGCCUCAUUAGCCUGUUGAUCACACACGUGGAAUAGUCUAAUGAGGAUUCAUUGUGACAUCAUCAUAAUGGUAUGAGCUCCUGCUAUUGCAGUGUAAAACGUGCAGAACCACUUUUUUAAAUAUUUGAGUAAAUGAAUUAGAAUAAUAAAAAAAACGAAUAUUUUAAAACAAACUCUACUCUGGAAGCUUUGUUUUCAGCUUUUUGUUCGGUGGAGACGCGGCAGGUGUGUUCGAACUCCAGAACCCGUUCAGAUCAGAUUUUUCUGCUGUAGUGAAGAAGGAAAGGCGGUUCGUUCAGGUGGUUGUUGUGGUGUUUCUGUGUACUGUAUGUGCCUCUGUGGAUUCUGCCCCUCGGCUGUGAGAAACAGCUGUAUGAUGUGAAGUGGACUGAACUGGUGCAGUUAGACAGCCAGGACUGCAGUGAAGUUUUGGACCGGUUCCGUGUUCCGAUUGUGGGCCCUGAUGCAUGCCAAAUAACUCCUCCCUCCUACUCUGGCCCUUCAUUAAUAUUGAUGAGCCCUUGUCAGAUGAUGGUUAAUGUGAGUAUGUGUGUGAGUGUGUGCCCCCUACUGCCCAAUCUGUUAUGCAUUUACACAAAAAAAAACACAUCUUGAUAUGUGAUGAUCUCGUCUGUCCAGCUCAGAACUGUCUCUAUUUCUGGGACGCUUUGUCCAUAGUUUAUCUUAAAGCUGUAACAUUCCAGUUUUACGGUUUGAGAACUGUCUAUAACAAACUUGUUUGCUAUUAUCUUAUUGUAAUAAAGGUUUUUAUUAAA